UGCUGGAGAAAGAGUACGUCGUCGGCGAGGCGAGCGCACACCGCCGGAGUCGGGAGAUCCAGCGGAGAUCACGCUUCGAAAAGUGGCGCGACGUGGGGCGGACGGCGAGCAACGUGAUGGUGGUGGGAGCACCCGAACGUAACCCGCGCGCUACGCUCUGCCGCGAGGGACGUCAGUUGGGGGCAAAAGCGGAGGCGGGGGUCCAGAACCCGCGGGCUUAGGCCGUCCCGGGCCGCUUACGCGCGGAACACGCGGUCCGCCGAGCCGCUCGCGCGGCAUUACGUCGCGCACCGUCGACCGCGACUGACGUUCGCGUGAGAGCACCGACCGAGCGCCCCACCGACCUCGCGAUCAUAACGCAAUUCGCUAGAAGGAAAUGUCAGAAGGCGUUAUGUAGGAAAAGUGCGCCGUUCGACCGAGUGUAACGUCGUGACGUUCUGGCGGAUUCGAAGAAUCGGCAUCAUCGACAGCGACAACCUGUAGGAGUAGACAGAUGAUUAGGUGUCACGGACGGUAGUGUUUCCGGGGAAAGAUACUGGAAUAGUGAUGGGUACGUUGGUGUCAGUUUCGGCCGAUGCUGGGUGUUGAGUGAACUGCGAACUGACAGUGACGGCGGUACUUUAAAUCGCUGGACUAUCUGCUAUCCCGUCGUGUAUGAGAAGUGUCACGGUACACCUGGAGGUCUCGUGGACGGCAAUCUCCGUCGAUCAUGGGGCGAAACCGGUACGUGGCUUCCCGUUAUUGAAAUUUUCACCUGUGACUAUGACGAUCCCGCGUUUGAUCAUGCGAAACGGCGCAGUCAUCAAGGAAGAGAAACGACUGAUCGAUCACGAGCAACGAAGGAUCUGUUGGGCUAGCUGGUAGCGAGGUACGAAGACGGAACGACUUCGGGGUCGCCUCCGUCCGCGAAGCAAGUGAAAUCACGACGUCCCGGCCAGGGGGUGCGUGCUUAGGCGACGAGGGGCGGCUACUGGCCGAUGGGAUGCAUCUACCGGUGGGUUCCGUGGCCUGCGGGGAGAAUUACGGCACCGUUGGAUCCCACGAAGGCGCCGGCCCGUGCGGUCCCUCCCUGGCGCCGCUGCAAGGUGUAAACAGCAGGUACCACCAGAUAGACGACGCCGACGUCGGGGGUGGAGGUGGCGAGAUGAGCGAGAGUGCCGCCGUCGGCGAACUAUGGUGGACCGAAAGACUCGUCGGCGAAGCGCAGGCCGAGCAUCCUGGAGAACUCGUCAGGACAGGUUCGCCGUAUUUUCUGUGCAGUCAAUUACCGACUCACUGGCGGUCCAACAAAACCCUACCAGUGGCGUUUAAAGUGGUUGCUCUCGGCGAGGUUGGCGACGGGACUUUGGUGACGGUCCGAGCCGGCAACGACGAAAACUGUUGCGCGGAGCUGCGAAACUCGACCGCGCUGAUGAAGAAUCAAGUCGCCAAGUUCAACGACCUUAGGUUCGUCGGCAGAAGCGGCAGGGGGAAGAGCUUCAGCAUCACCAUUACCGUAUCGACGACACCUCCCCAAGUGGCGACCUACACGAGGGCGAUUAAGGUGACCGUCGACGGACCGCGGGAGCCGCGAUCGAAAACGAGGCAACAACAUCAGCAAUUCCGCGCGCUCGGUCUGGGACAAAGACCCUUCCUUGACGCGCCGACCUCGUUCAGGUCCCACCUGCGGGAACUCGAGUCCUUCGGGAGGAAUAAGCAUCACCAUCAUCACAGUAGUCACUUACACGACCAGCAGACCGGCAACAACGUCACCACGAAUUCGGUUAGCGGUGCCUGCACCAACCCCAACAACACCGACCCGACCGCAUCGCCGGCUUCCAGUACACACCUCGGGGCUACCGGCGGCUCCUCGGCUCAUCAGGAUUGCUACAAGCGCAGUCCUCAGCACGGCGACACGGGUGUUGGCACCACGGAAUGGACUUACCCGUCCACAGCGCCGUCUUAUCCUGCGCCUCCAGUCAGCAGCGGCGGUUCCUAUUCGCCUCUGCCCGGCGGCGCGUUCUCGUACCCCGGGGAGUCAUUGUCGCACCAUCCCACGACGGAACCGGUGCCGCUGCCAACCGUAUUGCCCUCGGAGAAUCAGCAGGACACCUACACGCCGAAUUGCAUGUCCAUGUAUUCGGGACACGGCAGCUCGCCGACGUCCUUGCCCUUGGUGCCAGCCAGACCCAGCGACCCCGACAUCUUCGCCAGCGGCGGCACGGGCAGCGGCAGCCCGGGUUACCACUACGGCUCGUGGACACCUGGCCCCGCCACCCCGGUCCCAGUGGCCUCCCACAAUUACAACCCGAAUUAUCAGGGCUACUACAACAAUCCGGGCCAGAACUACAUCAGCCCGCCGCCCAUGGUCCUCUACCCCCAGCUGUACAGCACCGUGAAUCAAAACCAGAUACACCUGCACCUGCACGGUGACAUCAGCGAGGAGCAGGUCACCAUAGCCGGCAGUAAUCUCACCAUCAGCAGCAUCCGAGAGAUCGGCGUGCUCGGCGAGGAGAGCGAGCAGAGGAACGAUGUAUGGAGGCCGUAUUAGAGAGAGGAAGGGAAAGGAAGGGGGAUCCUCGGUGCAACGCGCGAUCGAAAUCGUCCGUGAGGGGUGUCGUGCGUGAAUCGCAGUGCGCGAGCUCCCGAUCGUGGCAAUGUAAUCCGUAGUUAGUGCUGUGACGACGUGUGAACGUUGACUCUUGGAAACGAAGGUAGUGCGAGCUUCUCGGGGAAGGUGCGAAGGAUCACCGUCGGGACUCCGUCGUCGCUGUGCGACCAUCUUUAGGCGCGCGAGUCAUCGCGAGCAAAAGCCGGCCGGUGGACGAUAUCCGGUGUUUCGUAAUAAUGAUCGUCAGCGUAAGUGAAAAUUGUGGGCCCGUGUCGCGAGUGCGAGGCGUAUUCCGCUGAAAAAGAAAAGAGAGAAAAUAUAAAAGAGACUCGUCAACCUGUGAAAGGCGUCGAAGAGCAACGGGAGAUCUCAUUAGAAUCGAAACGUGAGACUAAUCAGUAACAAUUCCUCGUGCGUACGCGAGUGGUGAUACACUCAUCGUUACACGACGGACGUUCUAUCCGUUUCACAAUUGUAAAUCGAAUAAUGGAAACGUCGUUUGAUUCUCGACCGGCAAAAAAAAAUUAGUCAGACGCUGUAACGUUGUAAAUACA